UGGCACAAGAACGUCAGACUGUUUUGGCUGUCAAAAUUUCCAACGGUGCCAUAAACCUAUGCAUUUGCCAAUGUUAUUGUUCUUGUGCCCUUAGUGUCUUCAAAUGACAUUCAUAAAUCAGUGAACUUGUCAGAAAUGAAUUUACAAAGAGAAUGAAGCUCUGACCAACCAGCACAAUGAUACAUACAAAGAUUGCAGAUGACAUGCAACACACCAUUUCUCUCAGCUCCAAAAAACAACUACUGGAACAAUUACACUCUGAACAGCAAGAAGUUAAUGCCAUUACACAGCCACUGCUGGAGACUGAGGCUGGAUUCAUAAAGAAUCUGGAUCACUACCUCACUCACAGAGACGCACUGGACUUGAGGAAAAGUAAACUGCUCUAUAAGCGCUGGACACAGAGUGUGUGGCUGCCAAUACAGCGGAGCAUUGAGCAACACUUUACACACCAUAGCUACAAUGAGACACAGAAGAUAAGGAGCAUGCAUGCACACUACAUCAACUACUGUAAUGCUAAGGGUUUUGUGUUUCUAGAGAGUUAUGAUCCCCUAGAGUACAACCCUUUCCUGCACCAUUUCAACUCACCACAUUAUCACAAAAUUUCCACACCAACAUUGGAGGACCCUCUGUCUCUUCAGUCACGAGCCAGGAUUAAGGAAAAGACAGCAGUACUUCGCUGCCAAACAGGUCAUGUGUAUCGCCGUCAGCAGGUGGAGGAAAUUCUCCAGAGUCCACCUGCUUCCCAACAGAGCCUUAAACAGUCACAGGCCAAACCCUCAAGAGAUACUACCUCACAGAGACUUUGGAAGGACCGCAGUCUGUUAAGAUCAAGGAAUAGAUGCUCUCCACAUUCAGCUGUGGCAGAGGGAUGCUGCUUCCACACUAAGUGCUGGUCCUCAUAAGGUUAAUUACCACAUUCCAUAGGUCCUUUUUGACAUCAGGUUGUAUGGACAGUUGGACACACAUCUUCCCUUACUGAGGAUGGUGCUUGUUUUACCAUUCAAGUGCAAUAAAUAAUGAGGUGUACAGUA